CUUCCUUCCCCUGAACACUCCCAAAAAUCCCCUUCCUUCCUUCAACUUCUUCUUCUUUUUCUUCUUCUUCUUCUUCUUCUUCUUCUAGCACACAAAAUUAUGUUGGAUUGUAAGGAUCCUGCUAUUAAGCUUUUUGGCCGGAAUAUCCCUCUUUCCGACGACGUUGAAGCUCCGGCGGUUCAUUCCCAUGACUUCAGUUCUGAGAAACAUGCAGAACCCAGGAAGGACGCAAGCGUAGAUGAUCUUGAGAAACCUGUUGAUGGCUCAGAUGAUUCAAGAAAUCUGGAGUGCGGGCAAGAGGGAAGCGUGAAUCCCAAAACGCCGUCUAUAGAUGAAGAAACUGCGAGACCCAUUAAUGGAGAACCAGAGAGUGAAAGGCUUAAUUCAGAGAGAACCCCAAAGAAACCUGAUAAAUUGCUUCCAUGUCCUCGCUGCAAAAGCAUGGACACAAAGUUUUGUUACUACAACAAUUACAAUGUCAAUCAACCUCGCCAUUUUUGUAAGGCUUGUCAAAGAUACUGGACCGCUGGAGGCAUCAUGAGGAACGUGCCGGUUGGAGCCGGUCGCCGGAAGAGUAAAAACUCUGCUUCUUAUUACCGUCACAUCACAAUCUCUGAGGCUCUUGAAGCUGCUGAAAUUGAGGCUUCAAAUGGAACCCACAAACCAAAAUUCAUUGGUAACUGUGGCAGAGUCCUCAGUUUCAAUUUGGAUGCACCCAGUUCUAUCCCUAAAGGGUGUGAUAAAAGCUCGAGUUUGUCCUCUAUGGCAGUUCAAACACCAUCAGAAUUGAAAACCAACGGCUUCCCUUCUCAAAUUUCUUGUCUUUCUGGAGUUCCGUGGCCUUUGGUUUGGAAUUCAACAGUUUCUCCACCCUUCGGCCCUCCAGGAUUUCCCUUUUCUUUUCUUCCAGCAACUACUUGGAGCUGUGGGGUUCCAGGACCAUGGAACACCCCGUGGUUUUCACCACAAGAUUCCACAGAACAAAAAUCUAAAGCUUCUCCAACACUGGGAAAGCAUCAAAGAGACAAUGAAAUGGCGAAAGAAGAUGCCAUUUCAAGUAAAGAAGAGGGGGUUAAGCAGAGAAAUGGAUGUGUAUUAACCCCAAAGACUUUAAGGAUUGAUGACCCAAGUGAGGCUGCAAAAAGUUCCAUAUGGGCAACGCUUGGGAUAAAGAAUGAAUCAAUGAGUGGGGGAAGAAAUCUGUUCAAACCCUUUCAACCCAAGGGCCACGAGAAGGUUCCUGUUUCUAAAAACGCCUCAGUGUUGCAGGCAAACCCUGCAGCCUUUUCGAGAUCUCUCGUCUUUCAUGAGAGCUCUUGAAGGCAGAUUAUAUGAUUAUUCCCCGUUUAAGCGUUUACAGGUAUUUGCCUAAUUUACAUAGCCAUGCAGAUUGCUGAGCUUCCUUCUUAAGCCUUGUAAUGUACAGAGAUAUAUGAAAUACUGACAUAGAUCGUAGAAACUUGGGUUGUUUGUGGUGCCGUCUUAUCUGUUUUUGUUGCAUUUUUUAUGAGUGAGUCGAUGUAUAAACCUGAGACAGCCACAUGGGCACUGCAGAGAGUAUCUUCCAAAAAGUUGAGAAAUGGAGAAAAGAGUGGAAAGGCAAUUAUAAGCAACAAAAGGUGAUCCUACUGUGUGGCUUUAUGCAGCGCCAAAGCACCAAAACUCCUUAUCACAACAGCUGUAACAGGAUAAGAUUGAGAAAGCAGAUAGUCCAUCUCUUUUCUUUUCUUUUCACUUCAUUUCAUUUCCUGCUGUUUUUAAGUCGCAACUAAUAAUAGGGCAAAGGCCAAAGGGAGAUAUUUAGAAGGUAGAAGAAGAAGCAAAUGAUGUAAAAACAUGAGGUAGCAGUUCAAAUGCCCCUUUUGCUUUCCCUGAUCGGUAAGGAAAGCCAUAAAUGAAAACCGGUUUUUU